CUUUACCUUUUUCCUUUACCUCCUCGAUCCCACAAUGGUCAACGCUAUCGCUGUCUUGCAAGGAGCUGCCGCUGCAGUCUAUGGCUAUGUCACUUUCCACCAAUGCGGCCCCAACGAGCCCACUACCAUCUAUGCCAACUUGACUGGUGUUCCCGCUGGCAAGCACGGUUUGCACGUCCAUCAGUUCGGCGAUUUAACCAAUGGCUGUGAUUCUUUGGGUGGUCACUACAACCCCUUCAACAUGACCCACGGUGGUCCUUUUGAUGAUGUUCGCCACGUUGGUGACUUUGGCAACGUCGAAGUCGGUGAAGAUGGCACAACGCACUUUAAGUUGGAUAUCGACAAUGUCAACUUGCUCGGUCCUCACUCGAUCUUGGGACGCGGUCUUGUUUUGCACUCCGGCGAGGAUGAUCUCGGUCGCGGUGACAGCCCCGAAUCCAAGACCACUGGUAACGCUGGUGCCCGUUUGGCUUGUGCUAUCAUUGGCUUUCCUAACACUUCCAACUAAAAGCUGCUAGUGCGGUCCUGUAAAUAGAACUCUAUAUAGUAGUUAGCCGAUAUAAAUUAGCUAAUAUAAUCUAAAACAUAUACGGCUGUAAGGAAAAGACGUCGUAGCUUU